AUGUCCACCUCAAUUAAAAAAACAGUUUGGCGUAUUGUAAUCUUCUUGUUUUUGUUUCAAGUCGUAUACAGCGAUAACAAAUACUGUGAUAAGAGCACGAAAUAUUGUUUUGCUAUUUCACUCCCCAAUACAACUUUGCCUGCUAGUCAGCAGUUUGCAGAAUUUACACUAGUGGCACCAAAUAAUGUUGGCUGGUUAGGAGUUGGAGUCGGUGAUAGUAUGUUGACGGGCUAUCUAAUAGUUGCUUGGCCAAAUCCAGAUGGUUCGGUAACACUUUCUCAACGCAAUUCACUAAAUGGAUAUCAUGAACCUACUGCAUCAUCAAAUCAACAAGAUCUGAUCCUUGACAAUGCGACUGUGUCUAAUUCCGAUGGAAAUUUGGAAAUACACUUUAGACGUCUUGUAUCAUUAAAAGCUAAUACUAUUCCCAGUAAAGGAAAGUUUUUGUGGGCUCUCGGUCAUCAUAAAGUUGAUGGCAAUAAUUACGAUGCGAGCAUUUCGUAUCAUGAUGGGGGUAUGGGCGUUGUUAAGAUGCAAUUGACAUCUGAUGACAAGUCUACGAAUUACUGGACUCGUUAUGACAAAUUGAUUAUUGCUCACGCUACCAUAAUGUUUAUCGCUUGGCUUGUUUGUGUGCCCGCUGCAAUUUACAUUGCACGAUUCGCAAGAAACCUGUUACCUAGAUCUUGGUUUCAUAUACAUUGGGGAAUUCAAGUUUUUCUUGUAGUCCCUCUUGCAAUCGCUGGUGGCUCGUUAUCGUACGUCGCUGUAAACGGAUUUUUCUUUGAUGAUCCUCACAAGAUCAUCGGAUUAAUCCUUUUUAUUGGAUUAUUUGUUCAAUUGGCCAUUGGUGGAAUUCAUCAUAAAUUAUUUGAUCCUCAUAGGAAUUUCGUCCCUUGGUGGACUCAACUUCAUUGGUGGUUCGGUCGUGCACUUGUUGUUUUGGCGGUGUUCCAAGUUCCACUAGGACUUUCUCUUUACCAAGCGGACAUUGAACUAUUCUACUUUUAUUACAUUUACAUCUUUAUCUUGUUGAUUUCAUUUUCAUUCCUAUCAAUUCGAAAGUGGAACAUAAGUAAUGGAGUGAAAAAUGGUUUUAGAAAAAUGGACGACGAAUAA